GAAUCCAAUGAUAUUUUACGUAUUCGGAUAGCUGGUGAAGGUAUCACUCAUACAAUUGUCGGGUUUGAAAAAACAAUCUCUCACUUAAGUGUAUUCACACGACAUUUAAUUACUGAUUUCAAAAUGAAAUGGUUGUUUAAACGACGAAAACAAGGUAAAUAUGCUAAUCAAGCUGGAUCUGGACUGAAAGUCACUGAAGGUAAUGCUUCACGUGAUUUAAAAGAUCAUUUACAUCCAAGUUUUGCUGAAUUAGCUACUCAAUUAGCGAUUGCUACACAACGUUUUCAUAGUUUAUGCCAACUUACUAUGAUUCGAUAUGGUCGAGUAAGUUAA